CGAUGAGUGUUCGUUAAUUUUUUUUUUUGGUAAGACAGUCGUUUUCAGGAGUUUCUAUGUCAUUUGGUAGUUAAUUAACGCAGUCAGGUCAAACGUUUUACCCAUCCACCUGAGCAGAACUGCACAUCUGAUAAGCAGCUGUUUCCAAAAGAGAGAGAGUUCAGGUAUGGCUUCUCGUGGGAAAUCAGAAACAGGAAAAUUGAAGCAAAAUAUGGAGGAACAACUUGACCGACUGAUGCAGCAGCUUCAGGAUCUGGAGGAAUGCAGAGAAGAGCUGGAUGAGGAUGAAUAUGAGGAGACAAAGAAGGAAACUCUGGAACAGCUGAGUGAAUUCAACGACUCUCUGAAGAAGCUCAUGUCUGGAAACAUGACACUGGUGGAUGAACUGGGCGGGAUGCAGCUGGCAAUCCAAGCUGCUAUCAGCCAAGCUUUCCAAACGCCGGAGGUGAUCCGACUUUUUGCCAAGAAGCAGCCGGGACAGUUGAGAACCAGACUGGCAGAGAUGGACCGAGACGUCAUGGUGGGGAAACUGUCGCGGGACGUGCACACCCUGCAGAAGAUGGAAAUCCUCACAGCUUUAAGAAAACUAGGAGAGAAGCUCACUCCUGAAGAUGAAAACUUUCUAACACAAAAUGCGACAGCAACUCUGAGCCAGUUUGAAAAAGUGACUACAAACCCAGGGUCUGAGGACAAAAUUAUGGCUUUAGCUAGUUCUGGUGUCAAACCUAAAGCUUCUUAAGAAAUUGUAAAAAUCUUUCAUUUUAACACAUUUUUAUUGAGGAAAAACUGCUGUUGAGCAGUGAUUUGUAAUUUAGUGGCUGUUGCUACAGAUGCACUUUUUUAAUGGUAUUUUAUAAGAUUCACUUUUUAAAGUGCUCUUCAGUUAUCCCUUUUUGUGUAAAAUGUAUAACUUUUGAAAGUGUUGAACUCGAGAGAAAUUGCCGUCUGUCCCUCCAGUAUUGGUGCCCUCCAAUUCAAGAACUGUAAAACUCUCAAAAAUGAAUUUUUUUAAUACAAUAAUACUGAGAGGUUGAAGCUCUGCCUGCCAAAAAAUUUGACAUUUAUAAAUACUUUUUCUUUCUAUUUUUAAAAUAGAAUUUUGGCUUUCAAGUAGGAAAUUUACCAGAUGCCCUGCAGUGCUCACAUCACCCACUAGAUGGCAACAAAUGCUCCUCAAAUGUGUUUGACAGUUUAUUCAUUUGAGAAGUUGACUUUUUACAGCCAAAAAUCAACUUACAGUUGCCUCUUGCACUUAUGGGCAAUUUACUUGUUUAAUUUUCCCCUUAAGUGUAAAAUGUAUUACAGGUACUUGCAUGAUAGUCCAGAUGGCUCAUGGGAAAUGUUGUCUUAUGAAUUGUGCUGCAUUUUUUUCCCUUUAAAAAUGAAUGCAAAUGAUUUUUUUGAAGACUUUACUGUAUGACAGCAAGUGGAAAACUGAGUCCUCAAUUUGGAUUUUUGAGGAAAACAAAAAUGAGAGAAGAUGCAGGGAACAUUUUGCAGGAUGCAU